AUGGGCAUCUUCGUCCUGUCCAACGAGCUCUUCCAUGAGAUACUCGACCGCCUUGAAUCGGAUCCCGAGAAGCUCAUAGCUGUAGACCGCCGCGCCUACCUCUCCCAGGAAAGCUUCAAACCGCCCCCUCCUCCAGACCCAGACCAUGCCCAGGACAUUGCCAACUUCCGCCUCACAUGCAAGCUUUUUUCCGAAUUGGGUGCUCGUCACCAGUUUUCCAGAGUGACGACGCGCUUCUCCAAGAAGGGCUUCAAGCGUUUGGAGAAUAUAGCCAGUCAGAAGCACCUCGCGAAACAGGUCAAGAAGUUCAGCUACAUGGUUCCCUUCUUUUAUGUUGAAGGACGGGAACGCGUUCGCGAACUGCUACCCACCCUCUCAGAGAGCCUCGGUCAGUUGGACGUCAGACACUUUGUGCGCAAGGUGGCCGAACAGAAGGAGAUUGUGCACACUCAGGAGGAUCUCCGAGUUCUGACGCUGGCAAUCUCGGCCUUCACUUCACUGCAACAUGUGCAAAUCCUGCGCCUCCAGGAUCAAGAGGACGCAAUGCUCUUGGCCUACAUUCGGCAGCGUAAUGAUCUCACUCAACUAGUCGAGCUGAGGUGGCCACCGGCCUGCUCUCAUUCGACCAAAACCAUUGGCGCCGCACUCCUGGCAUCUCGGUCACCCUGCAGUCGCUUCUCCUCCCCUAUGCUAAGUCCGCAGAGCGCAUUAGGAGCCGCCAGCGAGCCUCCUGCUACUCUGUCUCUCCUAGCGGAACGGCUCACCUGCCUGGAACUCCAUUUCGACGAUGGCACCGACUUGGACAACCGCAUGCGGGAGCUGUCGUCACUCUCCAAGGUCGUGUUCAGUGCUGCCAAAAACAUGCAGGCAGUGCAUAUUGGAUUUCCGUCCCAUAGCCCCUUGAACCUAAGGCUGGAGGAGAUAUUCCACAACGUCAGGUGGGAAAAGCUCGUCGCCUUUGGAAUCCAGGCAUGGCGCCUUGACGCCGAUGAGAUCAUCUCCUUGGCCGGGCGUCAUCGGGAAAAACUGCGGGGAUUGAGAUUACGGGACGUGUUUCUGAGAGAUGGAAGCCGCUGGAAAGACGUGCUAUCCUACCUGCGAAGGGAGAUGUUGAACUUGGAGUGGGUCAGCUUACGGAGGAUCGACUACGAGCGGAAUUUCGACGAGCAAUGGGUGCUAGGCGCCGAGGUUCCUGACGAUCCACCCAUAGGGAGCGAGAGCGAUGAUGAGUCGGAUGACCGGAACUAUGAAUGGGACGACGAUGAGUGGCCCCAGCACAAUGGAGAUGCGGACGACGAUGCCAACGAUGUUUCCGGUGACGGCGACAGCCACGGAUGGCAUGACGAUACCGACUCGGAUGCCGGAACGGAAGGGCCAGAACAAGGAGGCCAUCUGGAGUUUCCUCCACUCUCUCCGGAUACACCCGCUUCAGUGCCCUGGUGCCAUUGCAAAAGCAGAGCAGCCCACCAGUACGACGCAGAUGCGUUAGGGGACGACGGCAUUGCUGUGACCUACACGCAACGCAAGUUUUGGGAGAAAUGGGUGGUUGGGAAAUGCGCCGAACAUAGCCCCAAGUGA